AAAAGUGGAAAGAGGCCAGGCCUCGUCUUAUAGACAAUAUGUUAGCUACUCUGGAUCCACAGUCACACCGUGUGUGUCAGUGUGGCAAACAAGUAGUUGUGAGGUGUCUGGAUGUUUUAUGACAUUAAGAAGGCUGCACCAGGGAUGUCACUUAAGGCGUUUGUCAAAAUGCUGGAUGAACGAACAGCCCAUUUUGGAAGGACUGGCCGAAAAUCAGCUGAUGCCUUCAGUAAAAGUUUCUUGGAGUGGAGUGCUGUAAAGUUUGAGGUGGACAGGAUGUGCAAGGAGCCAUGCUUUAGCUGCCCUGCGUGCACUCCAGACAUGCUUGCCGUCUCAGUUGAUGGAAACCGUAAGCUUUAUCGCUUUCAAUCUAAUGCAAGCACUUCAGAGCAGGGGAACUUUGAAGGUGUCUUCACUGAAAAAGAUGAGGAAGUUGCUGAGUUUGUGAAAUACAUCCAGAGACACACAAAUGAUGUCCCGGGGAAAGGGUUGUGCGGAUCUUCAUCUUGGACAGCAGCAAAGGAGUCGUCCAAAAAGUCCACUGGGAAGUUGGAUGAAGAGGGCAUGGAAAGAGCUGUUUGUCACCAUGGAGUCCUCUUAGCUGCAUUGAACAUGUUUCGAGGGGAGAACUUUGCUUACCCCCUUUUUCUCCAGAGGAAGUUGGCAGCUAGCGUCCCAGGACAUAUUACGUUCCUUUGCUCCGAUGUGGCCUGUAAAUAUUUCCCCUAUUUAACCAAGGUGGCUCAGCAGUGCCCUGAGCUGAGGAACCUCUUGUCAAUGCGUCCUUUUCUCUCCGUCAUGCAUGCAAAGGCUCACACUUGGAAAUGCGAGAUCGAAUGGGGAGGUGCGUUUCAGGAUGGGGCCGGUUCAACAGUUGGAGAAGAGGUGGAGCAAGUAAACAGUUUCCUGUCUAGGGCGGCCAUCACAACGAAGUACAUGUCUAAAGCAGGGCGAACAGACAUGCUGACCCUCCUGGCUUUGGGGUGGAACAAAAGGAAAGUGGAACAACUGGGCCGCAGUUUGAGCCAGAGAUAUCUAAAGAUCAUAAGGAUCCUUAGAGAACAAGUGGAGAGCCUGAAUGCAACCAAAAAUGAGCUGGGUGUGGAUGACGACACACUGCAGCAAUGGGUGGCCGAUGUGCAGAAAUGGGCUGAAGCUGCUGCUGACCUCCAGACAAAGAGAAAGGUCUUUGAGAAGGUGAUGGCUGUGAGGCGCCUGAGAGAGGAGGAGAUGAUCCUUUGCCGGGAGAUGCGGCAUCACUGGACAGUGUUGCGAAUGCGAUCUGUGGUGUUGGGGACAAUCUCCUCAGACUCCUCCCUUGUUGGCAUGUCGGAGGAUGCACAGAAGGGACGCCGUAGCCUGGUUUUAAAAAAACAAAGUGAACUCAAAGCUGAAAUGCUCAAAAUAAAGGACACGUACAAGAGAAUCCUCAGCCACCAACCACUCCUGGAAAUGGACUCGGAGGAGGAGGAAGACAUUCCAGACGAUGCCACUGAGAGUGAUUUGAGCACUUCUGAUGAAGACUGAUUGUGUCAUCAUUGAUGUUAUGUUUGGUAAAAUAAAAAGUUAAUCA